GUCAACAUGGUAGCAAUGUGAUGUCCGGAGAAGCUAACGUUACCACACUUCAAACGCUUACAGAAAUCAACUUCGGGAUCCGUAAUAAUUUAAAUACAAGGGUCCAUUAAUUGCUCACACUCGGCUUUGGUUUUGUGGUCACCUGAUGCGCCUGAAAUGUCCAAACCUGCAGUGGCUUCUCUCCAUCAAGCACUGAGGAAAAGCUUUCAGAGUCUUGAAAACAAUCAGAAAGUAUGGAAUAGUGUGUUGGCCGACUGCGGCCCCCUGAUUGGGUCCCUCGGGAAUUUGGCGGAGCAGUCGAGAGCCCUGUCCAGCGUCCGUCUGUCCAGCACACCGCUCAGAGUCUUUCCUGACCUGGAGGAACGCCUGCGUUUCAAGCUCUUAGAGGCCACGGAUACUGUACUGGGCAAACUCAAUGAGAAGAUGUCUUCUCUGCAGUCUGUCAGAGACUCCAUGAGUAACCAGGUCUCUGCAGUCUUCCAGCUCUAUGAGCAGAACACAGACAGUCUGGAUCUGCUCACUGUAACCCAGCGCUCGGCCACCACCCCGUCACUCUCUGACAUGCUGGAGUGGCUGCAGGAUGCCGAACGUCACUACCGGCAACAAUUUCUGAGGAGGAAGACUCUGCUGCAGACUCUGAGAGCAGAAGAUCUGUCCCUUUUAGAGUCCGCUCCCAAAAGAUGGAAGUCCCUGGAGUCUCCCAGUGCAGACGACUGCAUCACAGAUACACUUUGCAAAGUGUCCUUCUUUAUGGAGUCCCAGUGAAGAGAGUAAAAGCCACUGUGAAAGAAGUGGAACUCUGAUCCAGCCUGUGAAUCUGACUGCAUUACUAUGAAUGAGAAGAGAAGAGCAGGAUUUGUUCAAGGGAUUUUGAGAAAACACACAUGUAUUCCUCAGAUGGACGCGUUCAGUGUUGAUGUUAGGAAAAGGACUGGAAUUUGAUUUUAUCGUGCAAAUGUUCCUACAUGAUCUUGAAUGGGACGUGUGUGCAAGUACCAGACUUUAUGCGGUAAUUCAAGAGGAAGAGGAACUCACAACUUUGCAGAACUGUGCCCUGCUCCACACAAAAAGGACCCUGUGGCGUCAUUUCAUGCCUGAUUGAUGACUCAGUGAAAAUCACUGCAUGACAGUGUUGUCUGUGACGAAUCGAAUGUAUUUUUGAGAACAGCGAGCGCACACAAGCAUAAAGACGGUUGCAAAACACAGUUUGUGAAGCACGCUUUAACAAACCUGUUUUAUUUCACACUCGAGGUAAUGACAUCGUCAGAGAGUAACUGCGUGAGAAAUCACUGCAAUCGUCACAUCACAGGCCAUCAUAAAAGCCAUCAGCACGGUCAUACGCUAUAGUGAAUGCUGUUGAUUUGACAGCACAGGCAGUGGGCUUUCUUCAGGCUCUACUAUAAAUCACAGUGCAAUAAAAGUCAAAUUUCAAACACACACGGAUGUUUUUAAGUACUGAAUACAAGUUUAACAUUACAAAGAUAUACAAAAUAAGCAAAAUAUACGUUGAAUAUAAUCAUAAAUAUAUAGAUUUCAAUUUAUAGCUUAAAAUUCACAGACCUAAAACUUGAGACGGGGUAAAUUUAAGAGUUUUUUAACAGCAUCCCACUCUUUAACUUCCUCUCAACCUGUUCCUUCCUCCUCUUCCUAUACAUACUCCUUUAAAGGCAGACUAUUAGAUGUGAUGGGUUUUGGGGGAUCUGGUGCUGAAGCGGGUGAAUUUGCAAAGCUCCGGCCGAUGUAGCCCCUGCGGUACCUGCCGCCCCUCUCCAUGAGGGGGCAGGUGCUGCUCAACACGGCCCCACUGAUCAUGAGAAUAACCGCUGCUGCCCAGCCCAGAUAAAUAGCCUGGCCCAGCUCUCGUUUGUGCAUCAAGGGCACGUUGGGGUUGUAGAAAUCCUGGACCACGGUGUUAGCAGUCCAGGAGACGGGAAUCAGCACGCACAGGCCGGUCAGAAUGAAGAGAACCCCGCCCGAGAGCGCGAUGCCCGCCUUGGCCCGCCGGUCGUCCCCGGCGCAGGUGGUGCACUUCAUGCCGCAGCAGGACACGGUGCAGGAGAGCCAGCCCAUGAAGAUGGCCAGACACAUGAGGGCGCGGGCCGCCUGGAUGUCCGGAGGCAAGGCCAGCAUGGAGUCGUAAGUCUUACACUGCAUGUGGCCGGUGGUCUGGUAGAUGCAGUUCAUCCAGAUGCCUUCCCACUUGAUCUCUGAGGUCAGGAUGUUGCUGCCGAUGAAGGCCGAGACCUUCCACUGGGGCAAGGCCGUGACGGCGAUCGCCAUGAUCCAGCCAGUCACCGCGCAGGUGAAGCUGAUCAGCUGCAUGCCAGUGUUCACCAUGGUGACCUCCUUUGUGUGGCUCCUAUUUGUCGUCUGCAGCCCCCUCUUUGAGGAGAUCUUAUUUUCUUUGUUAUCCUUCUUCUCGCUCUUUAAAGUCUACUCCUUUGGUUUACUUGCCCGCUUCCUGUCCGGCUUGGUCAAACUUCCUACGGUCUUUGCCCCAAUGUAACUUUGUCAGCAGCCAUUUUCUUCUCUUUUUCUUUUCCUCUUCAACAUCAGCUUGCUGUUUUAAUUCCACGUGUCCUCAAUUCACAGCGUUACCCAGAAGUGAUCGCUCGCUUUCUCUCGACGGUCGUCCGCCUUUCCAAGAGGAUCAGAGGCUUGCACACUUUCUCCUCCUUUUCAUUCCUGAGUUUGAGUCAAUGCAUUAUUGACUGCAGCCACCUGUGGCAGCCCGCAGAAGCAGGAUCGAUCAGGCUUCACCGUCCAGGCCUGUGGAUGAAAUGGAUCUCAGCCAGGCUUUAUGUAUCAGAAUUUCUUUUGCUGCUUCCUUGGCUUCAGCUCUGGUUCAAACCCGGGGGGGGGGCAAACUGCAGCGUAUUUCAGCGUCACAGUCGUGGUUUGGUGUAGCCUUACCUACAUGGAUCAGACUGAUAUAACCUGAUACUUGGAUUCGAGGCCAAUGCUGCUG